AUGAAAGAAAGACUAUGCCUGCUGGCCGUUGACGAAGCUCAUUUUGUGUCGCAAUGUAUAACAUUAUUAGGGGCGAAGAUUUCCGACCAGAGUUCCGACAAAAUUGGGGAACUGCGCAGCCUGACAGAUGUACCCUUGCUUGCAGUUACUGCCACAGCAACAGAGAAUGUACAGCAGGAUACCGAAUAUUCGACUGGCGGUAGAAAAUCGACUGAUCACGCUGAGGAAGAGCUGAUGUGGUUGCUGCAACAGUUUCAGACAACACCCACACUGGUCAAGACUAUAAUAUUCUGCAAGUCGUACAGGUGUGUAUAUCAAGUGUGGUCAUGGUUGGUUAUUCAACUCGGUGACACGUCCUACGACGGGGAGCACCGUAGCUGCAACCGCGUUGUUGAAAUGUUUACAUCUUCAACAACGGACGCCACGAAGGGGAGGAUUCUAAAUGAUUUCCGGGCCGGAAGAGUUCGCGUCGUUGUGGCAACAGUCGCCUUUGGGCUUGGAAUCGACAUUCCGGACGUGCGGCUCGUGGUCCACUGGGGCGCACCGCGCUCUAUCCUGGCUUACUGGCAGGAGAUUUGCAGAGCCGGUAGGGAUGGAGAUCCCGCUCUUGCUGUAGUUUUCGCGUACCCGCGGUCCAUAAAGGAUUGCGAUGACGAUAUGAAGACCAUGGUGAAUGGGACGGAAUGCGUCAGACGUACCGUUCUGAAGGAACUAAGAACUAAAGACAUGAAUCCUAUUCCGGCCCAAGGCGAUGCAACUGUGAAGCCGACCAAGGCACAUGAAACACAUGGUGUCCAGGCACGGAAGAAGCUUCGGCAUCUGGAAGGUUCCAAGCAAAACAUAGCGGACACCGGUCCAUGCUCGCAACGACAAGAUCUUCGCUACAGUCUUUUUAUUCUCAUGUUGGACAUUGACGAUGAAAUCACCGACAUAAGUGAGGAUAACAUCUAA